CGCGAGCUUAUCGCAUAUGUUAAUCACGUACAUAUAAAUGCAUGUGUGAUAAAAAAUGAUAUUUACUACAAUUGUAAUUUACAUAUCGGUCAUUCUUUACUGCGGCCUCGACGUUGCCGACACGAGGCGCAAAGCGAACUAUGAAAGUAAACUGUCAAAAUGGAUUCCAGGUUAUGUUGGUCUCCCGUACCACGGAGCCUUCGAUGGAGGUGCUGCAGUUAGACAGGAAAUCGACGUCGCGACACUCCUGCUUGACGAUCCCGCCCACCGCCAUGGAGCUCACUUCCAGGAUCGCCGAGUCCUCGGGACCUUUCCCGCCUCCCAGAUUCUCCACCUCCGACGUUUCCGACGAGGUCAUCAUUUUUUUUCGCGACACUCGGACAACACGCCAGGUGAUCACUUACACCACCCACCCUCGAGACAUAUGCGCGCAGAUCCUGAUGCGCGAACAAGGUGGCCGAUGAGGGGGAAUGCGCUUGAUUAUAAAGGAGAGUUGGGGGGUCUCGAACUCGAUCGAUCCGCUCCUGCAAUCGAUAUAUAUCGAUCAUCGAUUAUUAUCGAUUCAAAAUUCUGCGCCAACUUCAUUGUACUUAUCGGACCGACUCACAUUUUUUGAGUAAAGUGCAAUAUGUACAAUAAUAUAUUUCAAUGGAUUCAGAUUUUAUGCCGACACAACGCGUUCAACAAUGACAGACGACGUUGGACGUAAAAAUAAUCGACGAACGAUCGGCGAUUGUCAUCGUCAAGGGAUCGUCUCGCGCGAGUCUCGCGGUUACGGAAGAUAUUUUCGCGGAUAUCCCGUGGAAACGGUAUCUCUGGAAACCGGCGACUCGAAGAAUUUCCCGCGGAUUCGACGAUUCGAAAGCGCCAACAGAAAAAAGGAACGCAGCCGAGCGCGAAAACUCAAGCGCCGAUCUUUUCCUGCGGAAAAUUUCUUCCUGUCAACAAAGAUGGUGGAUGAAUAUUGGUCGGACAUGCCUUAUUAUUUUCUCAGGAAUCGACCGUUGUUCUACUCAUCUCUCCAGCAGCGGGGAGAUAGUAGCGGUGGUGGUGAUUCAGUGGGUGUAGAGAGAGGUGAAGGAGUGAUUGCCAUGACUACGACAGGAGCCCAGUAUGCCCUCGCAGCAGCAUCCACCGGAGCUAAUAACAGUGGGGGUAGCUCCACAACGGUAGGGGUGGAAUCUAAGCCAAGCGUGGUUGUCGUGACUACUACUUCCAGUUCCAGUGGCGGUGGUAACGGAGCACAGACUCAGUCUGCCAGAGGCCAGCAACUCAUCACUGUUGUAACAAGUCCUGAUCCUUCCAGUCCAAAUAAUCUACAGCCUAUCCAGUUAUUGGUGCAGGAUCCACUUGAAACAGCAGCAGAUUCUUCCAACGGCUCUACAGGUACACCGGCACAUGUUACAGCACAAGUAGUAGUCAAUACUACUCAUUCAGGCCAACAUACUCUAGUGGAUUCUGACGCUGCUUCUACAUCAGCUGGUACUAUUGUCAGUGGUUCCCCGCAUUACAUAACAGUUACAGGCACGAGUGAUUCACCAUCCUACGCGUCCCUCACAACGGCUGUAGUGUCCGGUGACGCAGAGGCGGUGGGGUCCGAGUCAGUUUCUCAUCCAACCUAUGUUCAAUAUGUUGAGGGGGAUGGUUCCACGUAUAUACCGGCGAAUGGCCAGAUGACAUAUCCUGUUUAUGCUGUUGGCGAGGCAGGAGCAAUGUAUACCCCAGCUUCAAGUCAAUACUAUACUCCAGCAAGCACACCAGUAACAUAUGCACAAGUCACAGGACAAGGCUCGAACUCAGCUACCGGACAGUUAUUAUCACAGGGCAAUGGCACAUACUUGAUCCAACAGAGUGUAGUAGAUGGAGAUCCGACUGCUCACGCGCUUAUAUCUGCGGCCGCUGCUCGUGCUAGUCCGCAAACGGAAACGGCGGAUGCAGUGGUUAGCGGGAGUGGCGGGGCAUACUUGAUCAGCGGUAAUUCUGGAGGUACCACUGUCACCGUGGAAGAGGCAGCGGCUGCGGCCGCAAAUAUGACGCAUGCCACUAGAGUUUCUCAGGCCACUGUGCAUUGGUUGCUGGAAAAUUAUGAAACUGCUGAUGGAGUGUCCCUUCCAAGAUCAACUCUCUACAAUCACUAUUUACGCCAUUGUUCUGACAACAAAUUAGAUCCUGUGAAUGCAGCCAGCUUCGGGAAAUUGAUACGUUCUGUAUUCUUAGGAUUGAGAACUAGACGUUUAGGAACAAGAGGAAACUCCAAAUAUCAUUAUUAUGGAAUUCGCGUGAAACCAAGCUCGCCUCUACUUAUAUUGAACGAAGAUGGCACAUCGAGACAACAGCAGAGUGCGAACUCUCAAGCCAAACGAUUCAAAUUCAAUCAAAAGCAGGAGUCAUCCUAUAACGAAAAUAAUGCGCACGCAAACACGAAUAUCUCGUCGAACUCUUCGCCGCCGCAGUAUCAUCAGUAUCUCGGUGAAGCGAGUGGCGCCAUUCCCGAUUUUCCGGAAAUCUUUAUCAGUCACGAUUCUUCUUUGCCCGAAGAUUGCACCUACGAGGAUAUUGAUACGUUCCGCAGUAUAUAUAGAGAGCAUUGCGAGGCGUUUUUGGACGCGGUGCUGAAUUUUGAAUUUGCCACAGUGGAGAGUCUUUGGCGAGAAUUUUGGCGCAGUCAAGACAACAAUAAUGGUGACGAAUGCGAAGAGGAAAAAUAUUUAUCAAAAACCAAACUAUAUCAGAUGUGUAAAUACCCAGGAGUACAAGAUUUUAUCAAAAAAGUGGACUAUACAUUCUAUCAGAAUCUAGUCGAAGUAUUAAUGCCUAAUGUAUUACGACCGAUACCAAGUUCGUUGACACAGUCUAUUCGAAACUUUGCGAAAGGAUUGGAAUCUUGGUUGCAGUCAGCAAUGGUCGGCUGUCCUGAAGGAAUGAUGGAAAUAAAGUUAACUGCAGUGUCAGCUUUUGCUCAAACUUUAAGGCGCUAUACAUCAUUAAAUCAUCUUGCGCAAGCCGCGCGCGCGGUGCUUCAAAAUCCUAGUCAAAUCAAUCAAAUGUUAACUGAUCUGAAUCGUGUCGACUUUCAUAAUGUACAAGAGCAAGCAUCUUGGGUAUGUCAAUGUGAUUACGGAAUGGUACAACGUUUGGAAGAGGAUUUUAAAUCAACAUUACGACAACAAAAUUCACUAGAAGAUUGGGCGAUCUGGUUGAAAGGGGUUGUCACACAAGUCCUUAAACCAUUUGAGGAGAAGCCAACAUUUGCUAAAGCUGCACGUCAAUUUUUGCUCAAGUGGUCAUUUUAUAGCUCGAUGGUUAUCCGGGAUCUUACUUUGAGAAGCGCUGCGAGUUUCGGAUCUUUCCAUCUUAUUAGAUUACUUUACGAUGAGUAUAUGUUUUAUUUAAUAGAACAUCAAGUCGCUAUCGCAACUGGGACUACGCCAAUAGCUGUAAUGGGAGAUAAAAGUCAAAAUUGUUCUUUAGUUAAUAGCUUUGGGACAACAUCUAACGGAGAUACGUCUAAUUCGACCGAACCUAAACAUAAGCUAAGCUAACUGUGCCUUUAGUUUUGUGAGUAAACCGGUAUAGCACACACGAAAAUGCGAAAAUAUUAGCACGAAAGCAUUGCAGGCCUACUUACAAGAACAUACUAGUCUCGUAAAUUAUUAUUUUGUAUAACGUAAAUUAUAUGAUUAUAUAAGAAGAGGAUUUUUGCAUAAUACCCAUGAUGUAUACAAUUUAAGUAAGUCAGUGUGAUAUAAGAUACAUAGAGAAGAGAGGUAUUGUAUCGUGAGAAAAGCCUUGUCUCAUAUACAGGUAUGGCGCAGGUUUAAGCUAUCGCUGGCACGAUGUUAGUAUAUAUCGCGAAUCUAGUCGAAACAUCUUUGGAAAAAAUGGGAUAGUAUACGGGACCAUGAAUUUAUCAUGUCCUCAUAGAACAUGUACGAAAAGCCCACUCGAUCAUGUUUUCCUGAAUUAUUCAAUGCAUUUACUAAAAAUAUAAUUUUUUUAUGUUUCUAUAUAUUAAUAUAAUUUAUAA